UGUUCUGGUAAAUAUGGAUGUUCUGAGAUUGAGAUAUUUUUCUCCUCUAGACAGACACUCUUACCCUCCGAAGUUGUCCAAAAUCCUUGCAUUUGAUUCUCUCUGUUUAAACUGUUCUACAGCCUACAGGGCAUGUAAUUGGUUUCUUCAGAACAAUUCCAAGCCAUGGCAUGUUCUCCACCCCCUAUUUCUGUAUUCUCCUUCGCAAAUCCAUCGUUUCCCAGAGCCCAAGCUUCACGCUCUGUUUUUAACCCAAGAGCAAUGGCCAAAGAGCUUUACUUCAACCAUGAUGGCUCAACAACGAAGAAGCUUCUGGCUGGGGUGGACAUGGUGGCAGAGCUUCUCGGAGUCACAUUAGGUCCCAAGGGCAGAAAUGUUGUGCUUCCGAACAAGUAUGGACCACCCAAGAUAGUUAAUGAUGGAGAAACUGUUCUCAAAGAGAUUGAAUUAGAAGAUCCACUGGAGAAUGUUGGAGUUAAAUUGGUAAGACAAGCUGGUGCGAAAACAAAUGACCUUGCUGGUGAUGGCUCUACUACAUCAGUUGUUCUUGCUCAUGGCCUUAUCACUGAGGGGAUAAAGGUUAUAGCAGCGGGGAUGAAUCCUGUUCAAGUUGCUCGUGGGAUUGAGAAAACAGCGGCUGCUCUUGUUUCUGAACUUGCUUUGAUUUCCAGAGAUGUUGAAGAUCAUGAACUUACAGAUGUUGCAGCAGUUAGUGCUGGUAAUGAUUAUGCGGUGGGAAAAUUAAUCUCUGAUGCUCUUCAACGAGUAGGCAGGAGAGGAGUAGUGACAAUUGAAAAUGGAAAGAGCACUGAGAAUAGCCUACAGGUUGUUGAAGGGAUGCAGUUUGAUCGUGGAUUUAUGUCUCCAUAUUUUGUCACUGACCGAAGAAAGAUGAUUGUGGAGUUCCACAACUGCAAGUUACUAUUGGUUGACAAAAAAGUCACAAACCCAAAGGAGUUGUUUAAAAUAUUGGACAAUGCUGUGAAAGAGAAGUAUCCAAUCGUGAUAGUUGCAGAAGGCAUUGAGCAGGAAGCGCUAGCCGUAAUUAGAAAUAAACUCAAGGGUGUGCUGAAGGCAGCUGCUAUUAAGGCUCCUGCCUUUGGUGAGCGCAAGAGCCACUACUUAGAUGACAUUGCCACCUUGAUUGGAGGCACUGUAAUUAGAGAUGAGAUGGGUUUGACCCUAGAAAAGGCUAGCAGGGAUGUUCUAGGAUCUGCGACUAAAGUUGUCAUAACGAAUAAUUCAACGUUGAUAGUUACUGAUGGGGGUACUGGGCCUGCUGUUGAGAAGAGGGUUUCUCAAAUUAGGAAGCUUGUUGAGAACACUGAAGAAAGUUUCCAAAAGAAGAUAUUGAAUGAAAGGAUAGCAAGAUUAUCUGGGGGCAUUGCCAUUCUUCAGGUAGGAGCACAAACACAAGUAGAGUUGAAGGAUAAGCAAUUAAGAAUUGAAGAUGCUCUAAAUGCAACCAAGGCAGCGAUUGACGAAGGUGUCGUAGUUGGUGGUGGCUGUAGCCUUUUAAGGCUGUCCAAGAAGGUGGACAGUAUCAAAGAACUCCUAGACAAUGAAGAACAGAAAAUUGGAGCUGAGAUCUUCAGAAGAGCUUUGAGCUAUCCUGCGAGAUUAAUAGCAAAAAAUGCUGGUGUAAAUGGCAAUGUUGUCAUUGAUAAGAUUUUAUCAAACGAUGACGUGAAUUUUGGCUACAAUGCUGCUGAAGACUCUUACGAAGAUUUAAUGCAGGCUGGGAUAAUGGACCCAACAAAGGUAGUUAGAUGUUGUCUGGAGCAUUCAGCAUCUGUGGCCAAGGCUUUUCUGACGUCUAAUGCCGUCGUGAUCGAUCGCAAGGAAUUAGGUCCUAUCCGGCGAAGAAAGCCCUUAACAACCUCAGGGUUAGGACCAAUUGGCUACUGAGAAGGUUUUAGAGUUCAGUUUGGCUCUUAAAAUCUGAUUUAUUUGUCAUCCAAGCAUACAAGGAGUUCAUUUUAGGAAGCUCUAGAUGCACAAUGCUUGGGCACGAGACCAGUUUUUGCACAAUGAUGGAAAAUGUGAACCCCAGGAUAGCCCAUGAAGUAGUUCUCAGUAAAUUGGUUCCUCCAUUGACCAUGUCUUAGUGGCGAUCGCAUUGUUCUUUGUACUAAAGGGCCUGCUAAAUGGUGGAUAGAGCUAAGUUCUUAAUGCAAUAAGAUAUUAAGUCUACAUAGAGCAAUCAAUGUCAUCAAUACAUGUAUAAAAUUUAGAGGAAGUUGCAUUAUUCGUAAGCCAUGAUUUUAAGAACAGUAUGGCUCACUUUGAGCUCUAUAUUAUGCACGAGUCAUCUACUUUAGAAUAUUUUCUGUUUUUGUGUGAAACAAGAACAGAAGGGGGCUUAUGUGUCCUGUCAUAAGUUUAAUUUUCAUUCUCCUACGAUGAUCAACUGAGGUAGCUGUUCUUCCAAAUUUGAUUCAAUGCUGUUUUGAUUCCUGAAA